AUGGGCCAGUGCUCAAGCCUCUCUCUGACGACCACAGAGUUGGAAGAGUAUCAGGUGCUGACCUUUCUCACCAAGGAGGAAAUCCUUCGCAUCUACGAUGCUUUCUGUAGCUCAUGCCCCCAAGGGAAGGAUUGCAAGCAGGAGAAACUGACCUCAGAGCAGGUGUGUACCUGGCCGCAACUCAAGGUGAAUCCGUUCCGGGACAGAAUCUGCCAGGUGUUCUCCACGGACGGCUACUUCACCUUUGAGGACGUCCUUGGGAUGGCCUCCGUCUUCAGUGACCUGGCAUGCCCCAGCCUGAAGAUUGAAUAUGCUUUCCGGAUAUAUGAUUUCGACGAGGACGGCUUCAUUGAUCAGGAAGACCUCCAGAAGGUCAUCCGCAGGCUGGUGGACAAGAAGCGUCUGAGCGAGGAGGAGAUUUCAUCCCUGGCUCACCACAUUCUGGAAGAAGCUGACUUGGACAAAGACAAAAUGCUCUCUCUGGCAGAGUUUGAGCAUGCCAUGGCAAAGUCUCCAGAUUUCUUACAGUAA